CGGACGUGUUUGGUACAAUCAAUCGCGAAAAUUAUUGGCAGCAUAAUGGAACAGUUCGUAUUGGAAAAUAAUGGCCGCAGAAUGAUCCUCAAUCACUCGAUGCGGGCACAGGAAAUCAUGACCACCGAUUGCUUGCAUCAAGUAAAAUUCUUCCCGAGUACUCUGCUGAAUCAGCAAAUCACUCCGCUGGAUGCUGGAAAUUUCCUACGUGUUCGUUUUGCAGCUGAGAUGAACCGGGAUAACAACGCUUCGGAGUCAAGCCGCAUGCAACAGAUGACCAAACUGGCAAAGGGAGCCGUCCAAUGGACGGGAUGGACGUUUGGUGUCAUUGCUGGAGCCAGUUACAAAGCUGCAGCCGUGACUGCCAACGUUGGGAAACAAGCUUACCGGAAAAUCGCCGACAGCCCAGUACCAGGUCUGGUAGUGCGCUUCCCCGGAGUACUGAUUGGAUCUGCCGUCGCUAUUCAGCUCUGGGGCACGGUUAUGGGUAGUUGUGUCACCAGACAGGUUCUACGGGCCACAUGUAUUCGCCACUUCAUCGGCAUCCACAGCUGGUUGCAUCUGCCUGCUUCAUUGAGGGCUACUGCCGUACUGACCGGUGUCCGUACCAGUCAGUAUAUCACAGCGGGCAUCGUUCCCGGACUGUUCACAGCUUGGGCUAUCUAUGAUGGGUACCGUUUGGCCUCGUUCGUCUACAGUCAGUACCAUGAGCAUUACAACAUGAAUUCAAAACUGUAAUCUUCCGUUACCGAGCUGCUACCAAUAGCUUGAGUAUUCACUUAUGGACAAGCGUUUGACUAAUUCAUAUUAAAAAUAUCGAUUAUCUUGCGUUAAAAUAAUCAACUACAUAUAAGAAGACUGGAUAUUAUCUACACUACUCUACUAACAUUAAUGUUAAAAAUAACGGUCAUGAAGACGAUUCAUUUGAAAUUUGGCCUUUGACUUCGAUUAUUUUUUUUAAUAAAAUAAAAAUCUGUUGCAACCGCAGAUGUUUUUUAGCUUAAAAACUCAGAAGCAGCAU